UUUGGAAUUGGAAACGAGCGUGCUGGGUUUGAUGGUGAAACGACAACAGUGCAUGCAGCUGAAGCACCGUUCACUGCUCAGUGCUCUCAGUACUCACACUCCCAACUCUGAACUCCGAAGACACAAAUGAAAUGAUUGAGGAUGCAGAUAGGUAUGCUCGGAGAUAACUUGCUUUGACAUGAAUGGGAAUGGAAAUGGAUAAGAAGAGUUGCAAUAGCGUUUAUGCUGUGCUCAACUGUGAUGACAUCUUGCAUGAUAUAUUGCUUCGUUUGCCGCCGUCAACUGUUCACAAACUCAUUCUUGUAUCAAAAAGAUGGCUGCGUGUGGUAAGCAGUUCUUCAUUUCGCCGUUGCUACUUGAGGAAGUGGGGACAGGAUUUUCGACUUCUGGGUUUCUUUGUAUGCAACUUUUUGUAUCUUGGAAGACCCCGAGAUGGCUACCGUCGCCCUAACUGGGAGCCCGCCCUGCCGUUCUUAUCCACAUGUGAAGAGGGUGAUGAUUUCAAGCUUUCUGGAAUCCUCAAACAACUUGGCUACUUCAUUGAUUGUUCCAAUGGCAUUAUUCUUUCCGGUCGCCAUCCAAAGACAUAUUUUGUGUAUAAUACCAUGACCAAGAAGAAAUAUCAACUCCCGGAACCCCAGCAGUUCUACAAAACUCUGUGCAUGGCAUUGAUUGUUGAGGAAUCCUUUGAUGAUGACCUCUGUUACAAGGUGAUCCGUGCUAAGUGUGAAUGCAAACUUAGGGAACGCAACACUGUUUCCAUCGAAACUUACUCGUCAAAAACAGGAAAAUGGAAGCAAUCCACUUUGAUGUGCUCUACAUCUUUUGCACUGCGCCCAAGGACAGUUGGUAUGGUGGUUGGUGGGGUUGUACACUGGUUUGCAAUGUGGGGAAAAAUUGCUGUUUAUGAUCCACGUCUUGGCGACAGGUAUAUAGCAUUGGUUAAACUACCAUCGGGUACUUUAUCACAUGAAUACGAAGAAUGUGUUCUUGGGGAGUCUUCUGAUGGUCUUUUGCAAUAUGGUCAGAGCAGUAACUUGGGUCUGGAGAUAUGGGUACUGGAGAAGGAAAGUGACAACCCUUCCCUUUACUGCAACUGCACUCGGCUGAAGUAUAAGUGGGUUCAAAGGUGGAAACUAAAUUUCAAAGUGAUAUGGAAGAAGAAUCCACCUUUGAGUACACAGUCUAAAGAAGCUCAGAUACUAUCAUUUCUUCCUCGGAAUUCUAGAACUGUCUUCAUCAGAUCCGGGUCGAGCAUUUUUCUAUGUGAUUUGGGGAACAAAAUGGUAGAACCAGUAAACUACCAAGGUCGUGGAGCUGCCAUUUCAUGGGAAUCAAGCAAAGUAGUUCCUUGCUUUCUACCAGCUUGGCCAGUAUCUUCUUUAUCUGUGUUUGUCCUUUUGUUUUUAUGUGGAUUAGGAAAAUUAAAGACAUUAAUUUAUUGGUAGGUAGGUGUAUCUGGCUCCAUGCUGCUGUUAAACAAGAAAGUGAGAAGUUAUUACUUCUAAGAUCGUCAUUCUGUUCUUUCUCAGC